GCUCAGCGGCUCCGGCUUACCAUCGAGCACAGGCAGUAUUGUGCCAUCAACUAUCGUCAGGGUGGUGCGUUGAAACACAGCUCCUACUAACUUUCUCACCUUUACACUAUUGUAGUACCUAUUCAUUUUUUAAAACAGACCUGCAAACAAUGGCCGAGUGCAUCGCAUCAAUGCUUAUGGACGAGAUCGUCCCUGCCCUGGACAAGACCGGGGGCAAGGUGACGGUGGUGGGCGUGGGUCAGGUAGGCAUGGCGUGCGCCUUCUCCCUCCUGACGCAGGGCAUUUGUUCAGAGCUCUCCUUGGUGGACGUGGCCGCUGACAAGCUCAGGGGCGAGAUGCUCGACCUCCAGCACGGCCUCACCUUCCUCAGGAACGUCAAGAUCGACGCAGGCACGGACUACGCUGUCUCCGCGGGGUCGCGCGUGUGUAUCGUGACGGCGGGGGCGCGGCAGAAGGAGGGAGAGUCGCGCCUGUCUCUGGUGCAGCGCAACACUGACAUCUUUAAGGGCAUCAUCCCCAACCUCGUCAAGCACUCCCCCGACACCAUCCUCGUCAUCGUCUCAAAUCCAGUUGACAUCCUGACGUACGUGGCCCAGAGGCUCUCAGGGCUGCCCAACAACCGCGUGAUCGGCUCAGGCUGCAACCUCGACUCUGCCAGGUUCCGCUUCCACCUCUCGCAGAAACUCAACGUCGCUCCCAACUCUGCUCACGGCUGGAUCAUCGGCGAGCACGGCGACUCUUCGGUGCCCGUGUGGUCGGGCGUGAACGUGGCAGGCGUUCGACUGCGCGACCUCAACCCCGACAUCGGCUCUGAGGAAGAUCCUGACAAAUUCAACGAACUCCACAGCGAGGUCGUCAACAGUGCGUACGAGAUCAUCAAGCUGAAGGGCUACACCUCGUGGGCCAUCGGCCUCUCUGUCGCCUCCCUCGUCAGCUCCAUCAUGAAGAACCAGAGACGCUGCUACGCCAUCUCUGUUAACGUUAAGGGUCACCACGGCAUCGAGGACGACGUGUUCCUGUCGCUGCCGAGCGUGCUGGGGGAGAACGGCGUCACUCACGUCAUCAAGCAGACACUCACCGCCGAGGAGGUCGCCCAGCUACAGAAGUCUGCCAAGACCCUCGCUGAAGUCCAAGCUGGGCUCAAGUUUUAGGCGCAGAAGUCUGCCAAGACCCUCGCUGAAGUCCAAGCUGGGCUCAAGUUUUAGGCGCAUCAAAACAAUCCACAAUCAUUUUUAUCUUCUUGAAUGUUCUAAAAAUGUAAAUUCAAGCCUUCGGAACUGCUGACUAUUCUGGAAAUCUCCGCAGAGUUGUGUAAAGAUCGUGUGGCACGAAUUACAAAAGCUUCGGCAAGAUCUCAUGCAUAUACCCAAGUUCAAAUUGCCUUCUGGGUCCAAAUCUUGAGCGUUUAAAUGGAUUUGAUGAAUGAGUAUAGAACAUGUGUGAAAGUAAUCUUGAAAUGUCCUUAUGAAAUCUGCUUGUCUUGGGCGUGAGGCAAUUUCAAUUUCUGUGAACAGAGUGUUAAAAUUUCAAGACUGGAUGCUCUAAAAUCUGUCACAAGGUAAUAUAUACCUACAGCAUUACAAAUAUUCUUUAGGCGACGAGAGGUUUUUACUUCUCUUCUUGGUGUACUGCGUAUGCAGUUUUUUCCAAGAUAGUAAAGUAGGAUGAUAAUUUCCUUCAUCACCAAUGAUUUUGUCUCAAAAAACUUUUGGCAAGCCCUACUAAAUCGUUCGCCUAUAGUUUUACUUUCGGUGGCAAUGAUCAGAAUCUGGAGUGUUCGUUGGAAAGCUUCUCUCUCACAGUGUGAUGCGGAUAGAUGUUUAAACUUCAGGGUAAUUUAUUUAACGAUGUGUUUGCAGUGUUAUGUAGAUUAGAUGAUUCCUUUGAGUUUAGAUACGUUUGCUGUUGUGUUGUAGUUUUCAUUCCGUAGUGAAACUCGCAUUUGUUUUGUAGUUAUCAUUCCGUAGUGAAACUCGCAUUUUGUUGUAGUUAUCAUUCCGUAAUGCUCUCUUACUCUCCUUUCUAAUUACUGAACUCAACCCACCGCUAUUUCGGUUCCUGGCAAUUUUUCAGUGCCGAAAUUUGCCAUUAGCGUUUCCUUGUCAGUACUCUAGUCAGGUCCUAUAUGACUGUCGGCUGACUACGACUCAGUUUUACUUAGUUUUAUCAUCGGAAAAUUACUGUACAUUUUGCGAUAAUGUUACCAGCUUAUCUCGUCGCCCCGCCCAGCUGAUAUGAACGUGGCGAGGAAGCACGAGAUGUUCUUGUGCUUGUAACUCAAGUGCCAUCUUGAUUAUUAUCUUUGUGAAGACACAGACGAGUCGCGCUCCUUGAUCUCAUACCAGGAAAGCUCGGAAAAUAAUUGCCUUUGCUGUUUCAUUCAUCGCUUAAUUUUUUUCAAAUGAUUAAGUCACGUCUUCAUCAUAUUUGGGUUUACUUUUGUUCCAGCUUACGAACGGUUGUGUUACUUUAGGACCUAAAGCCAUGACGAGUCACCUUACUCAACUACAGGAUAUCGUCUCUAGUCGCCAUAGUGGAAGCAUAGAGUUUUUUAGACUUCAAGUUCAAUUUUAAGUCCUAUAAGUAGACCGGAAAAGUAUCAUGGAUACCAGCAUCAUCAUACAUAGGAUGAUAGGAUAUUGGCAUAAAUCUUGAGUAAAUGAGAAAAUUAAAAAUGAACUGAUUUUAAAUUAUUACUAGUUUGCCACUAUGCUAGUCGCCUAGUACCGUGUUCAGAAUAUGUCAAUUCUUUAAUGCUUAGCAGUCACUGCCAGUGAUGAAAACUUUCCAGCAGUGAGCGCUGUUGAAAGUUGAGUAGAUACAGCCUUACAGGCAAGUGUUAGUAGCAUGCAUUCUUAUUUUAUUCAACGUUUACAACCUUGUCUUGUUCGAUUAGUUUCUGGCAAAAUAUUUUCGGUCAGACCACCUUAAACUCAUGGGUAGGCACAGGGUUUUUGUAGCGUUUUCGAAUUUUACUCUUAAGUUACUAAUGCUUUACUUUAACUUUCAACGACCCAGUGAAUGAAUUAAAUUAAUGCUAUCUUUAUUUGCUAUUAAACUAUGAUUUCUGUAUUUAUAAUGCUGUGUUUGUUCCAUAGAAAGUGCGAAGGUUAAGUUUAUGUCUUGGUAACUUCUCUUCGGUUUGAUCAAGUUUUUUGUAGUGCAGCAUUCGACUCUCGUUUUUCAGCUUAUUAUAUUAAAAUAAAGAGACUUAUCGGUUUGAGUUCCUCGAUGUGGUGGCACUUGCACACGUAAUAAGACUAAUAGCACUACUUCCUACUAUCACUCUUUCCUGCCUUCGCUUUAAAUAAAGAAAAAAAAUCUU